AUGCAACCCAUUGGUCGACGACGCCGCUGGCGUAACGUCGUGGAGCGGGCGCAAUUCAACGCGCAAUUGCGUCAAUUGAGGGAUCCUGUUCCUGGGGACAAUAUUGGGAUGGCAUUAACGGAAGCGUUACACCAAGCCAUUGAAACGGAACUCGACCGAGAGCAGCGACCCGCCCAUCAUUUUGUAAACUUUGCCAUUACAGCUCACGGGUUCACCCACGCUUAUCAAACCGCCAAUUUCACCGUGGGGGAAUUUUUACAACGCACUGCUCGAUUGGAUGAGAUGUUAGCUACCCUAGCUGGGAAAUUAAACAGCAAUGAAGCCUUCAACCCCGAUCGCGGGUUUCAAGUGGAUGUGGUGUUCGUCUCCAUGCCCGGCCGAGGGUCCGGUCGACAUCACAAAAGACUCAAUGUGGGACGUUCAUGUUUGGAUCGAGUCAAUAAGAAAAAGAAAUGCAUCAUUCCCAUCCGAAACAGAGAUGCCUUAUGCUGUGCCCGUGCCAUUGUCACCAUGCGAGCCCAUUGCCAUAAAGAUCAAGGCGUGGACGGGUUUCGCGACUGGGAGAAUCUCAAACGUGGGUUUCCUGAGCAGAAACGUCAAGCCCAGGCAUUCCAUCAGCAAGCGGGAGUCGCUGAGGGUCCCUGUGGUUUACCCGAGCUUCGCCAAUUUCAACAAGCGUUGGGGUCUCAAUAUCAACUCUUGGUGAUGACCCGGAUGAAACCGUUCUUUUUGAUUUUCAAAGGCCCCACCGCCCCUCAUCAGAUUCGUUUACUCAAAUCCAAUGAUCAUUUUGAUGGCUGCACGUCUUUUCCCGCGUUUGUCAACCGCUCCUAUUAUUGUCUGGACUGUGAACGGGGGUUCAACACCAACGAUCGGACCCAUCACACUUGUCAAGGGAGACGUUGCUCUGCGUGUGGGCGCUUUGAUUGUCCGGAUUAUGUGCGUGGCACCCGCCCCACCGAGUAUUGCCGUCUGUGUCACCGCAAGUUUUACGGUGGUCAAUGCAAACGUUAUCAUGAAAUCAGCGCACAAUGUCAAUCCAUCAAAACGUGUCUCAAGUGUCAAGCCCAAUACACGGUCGUCCCCAACCAACGUCACCAGUGCGGGUACGCCAAAUGUCCCGCGUGUCAAGAAUGGGUACCCAUCCAGGACCACCAAUGUUACAUUCAGCCCGUGGUGGAACGCGAGGAGACUGAACCCACAGAGGAGGGGGGAGGUAGCAUGGUGGCGCCACCCCCUCCCCUGUUUGUUUAUGCGGAUUUUGAAGCCAUGCAGAAUGCGGAAGGCGUGUUUGUAGCCAAUUUGUUAUGUUAUUCAUCGAGUGCAGAAACAACCAUUCAUGUAUUGGACGGGGAGGACUGUGCCCUACAAUUUUUGCGCGAUUUGGAUGAUCUCACGGACGUUCCGGACCGUGAGGAGGAGCGGGAGAUUCUCGUGGUGUUUCACAAUUUGAAAGGGUUUGAUGGCAUGUUUAUUCUCCAUGAACUCUACCAGCAACAACGCGAGGUCGCUGAUCAACUGACCGUGGGGGCCAAAGUCCUGUCGUUCAGGAGUGGACCUAUCAAAUUCAUUGACUCGCUGUGUUUCUUGCUCAAGCCGCUGGCCUCCUUUCCCAGCACCUUCAAUUUGACCGAAUUAAAGAAAGGGUUCUUUCCCCAUUUGUUCAAUACCCCCGAUCACCAACAGUAUGUGGGCCGCAUCCCCGAUUUGGAGUUUUACGAUCCUGACGGCAUGAUGGCCAAAAAGAAAGACGAACUGACCAAUUGGCACGCAGAUCAAGUCCGUCGGAACGUGCCCUUCCAUUUCCAGCAAGAAAUGAUUGACUAUUGCAAAUCGGAUGUGGCUCUGUUAAAAGCCGGGUGUGAAGCCUUUCAGCAAGAAUUUGAACAGCAGGCUGGCUUCAACCCUAUGGCCAAGUGUAUGACCAUCGCCAGUGCUUGCAAUCUGUAUUGGCGCAAGCACCAUUUAACCCCCGACACCAUUGCUGUGGAACCUCUCGGAGGGUGGCGAGGGGCCCAAGUCAAUCAAUCCCUCAAAGCCCUACAAUGGCUCUACUACCAGGAACACCUCAUUCCCAAAGAGGGGGCCAGUGCUGACCACAUUCGUCACGUUCGUAGUGGGGGCGAACAGUCUAUCCGAACCGGCGCCCACCGUCAUUUCGUCGAUGGCUACGAUCCCCUGACUCGCACCGUCUACGAGUUUCACGGAUGUCUCUACCAUGGCUGUUCCCGCUGUUAUCCUAUGAGAAACGUCAAACAUUAUGCUGUGCCAGACAGAAGCGUGGAGGAACUGUAUCAAGCCACACUCUCCAAACGCAUGGCACUGCUCCGAGCAGGCUACACGGUGAUCGAAAUAUGGGAAUGUGACUGGGACAAAUUAGUGGACACGGAUGAAGCCGUUCAACGUUUCCUGACUUCCUUCGAUCUGGUGGCACCCCUGGAACCCCGUGAAGCCUUCUUUGGAGGUCGAACCGGCGCGGUGGCUCUGCAUGCUGUGGCUGGAGAGGGCGAGGAAAUACGCUAUGUGGAUGUGACCUCCCUGUACCCAUGGGUGAACAAAAACUGUCCCUACCCCAUUGGACAUCCAAAAAUCAUCACUCAGCCCGCCGACCAGUCCCUGGAGUCCUAUUUUGGUGUCGCCACCGUGGACAUUCUUCCUCCGGCUGGCUUGUUCCACCCCGUCUUGCCCGUG